UGUUCUUACAAAAGUUGUUUGGUAUACAGGGAGACAUUAGAUGGCAUGAAUAAUUUCUUUACAAAUUAAAAUUAGUGUGGGAAGUAUCAAAGAUAAGUUAACCUCUUUUAAAUGAAAUCCUAUAUAUUUUUAUCUAUAAUCGUACAUUUUAUUCAAAUACAUGAUAGUAUUUGUUGAAACGAAUACAACGACCUGCGAUACAAUGUCAUUUUAUGUAGUAAAAUGUCAUAAAUUAGAUCCGAAGAUUAACAUAAAUCGGUGGCUGAACCCUACGUGACUGCAUUGUCUAAUGCCCUAACGCUACCGAAUGACACUACAUAGGACUCAGCUACUGAUUUACGUUGACCUUCAAAUUUAACUUAUGACAUUCUACGAUAUGAAAUGACAUCAUGCAGUAGGUGGUUGUAUUUGUCUCAACAACUACUAUCAUAUUAUGAAUAAAAAAUACAGGGUUCCAUUUAAAAAGAUCAAUUUGUCAAAAAAAUGGUUUGUCUCAUCUAAUAUUUCCCUAUACACCAAAUAACUUUUGUAAAAAUAAGUUUUGAUAACUACAAUUCCUUAUAAGAUAUUUCACCGUUUCUAGUUAAACGAAACACCCAUUUAUAAAAUUAUUAACAACUAAAUUAGGUCAUAUGCAGCUACGAUUGGGCGAAUUUACUGUUGAUAAACUUGACUUAAUAGAAGAUUCAAAAGGAAAUGCAGGAGAUACUGGAAGACUUAUAAUAACUAAUCUCAGAAUUAUAUGGCACUCUUCGUUUCUUCCCAGGAUCAAUCUAAGUAUUGGAUAUAACACCUGUAUAACAAUAAAUACUAAAACUAUACAUAGUCUGCAAGGAAAGCAUGUGCAAGCGUUACAUAUUUUAGCUUCCUUCCGACAUUGCAGAUAUGAAUUUCUAUUUACAAAUCAAGAUUUAAAAAGUACAAGACAUUAUACAUCUGUUAUUGGUGUUUACAGAGCAUAUGUUUCAUCCAAAAUUUACCGAGAAAUUAAAUUGAGAAGUGGGAUAAUUAAUGAUAAGCAAUUAACAUUACUACCACUGGAAACAGUUCAUUCAACUUUGCAAGAUAUUUGGAAUUUAUCAUUAGAACAGGGAAAUGUUGGAACUUUUAUUGUAACAAAUAUACGUUUAGUCUGGUUUGCUGAUAUGAAUUAUCAAUUCAAUAUAUCAAUUCCUUAUCUUAUAAUAGCAAAUAUUACUGUUAAAAAUUCAAAAUUUGGUCCAACCCUAGUCGUUACUAGUACAGAAUCCAGUGGAGGAUAUAUAUUAGGAUUUCAAGUAAAUCCUAUCCAAAAACUUCAUACUGUUUAUAAAGAAAUUUUAAUGUUAUUAAAAGCGUUUGAAAAAUCUCCUAUUUUUGGUAUUGAUUAUACAUUUGAACAUGAGGCUCCAUUACAACAAUUAAACAUAGAACAACAAUCUGAGAUACAAGACAAUCAACCUGAAAUUUCAAAUGUGUUUGGCUAUUAUUUCUCUGAAGGUUCAAAUCAAAGGAAACCUAUUUUUUCGAUUUAUUUAGGUCUUGCAGCAGAAGAACCUCGAGAAACUAGUACACUACAAAGCCUAUGGGAACUUGUGCGUCAAACUUAACUGAUAACAUUAAUAAACUUUAAAUAUUAUGUAAACAGCACUUUAUAUAUAUAAAAUUUAGAACAUAACUAAUGCUAAUACAUCACAUAAACUUUGAAUAUAAAAUAAAUAUAAAAGUUAA